UAACUAAAACAUUUUGAAUUAAUAUUUAUCCAAAUUCAUUUCGUAAAAAAACAACAACAACAACAACAACAACAACAACAACAAAACGCAAUGUGACAGUUCCAGCUUGACUACCGACACUGUAGGCGACAGAAUAUUACACAGAAACCAAGAUGGCGGACGAACUAGACCGAGUUCGGAUUUCAGCUGCGGAGCUGCGAGCUGAAGCGUCGACUUUGACCAACCAUCACGACGAUUGUCACAGAGAGGAGCGAGGAGAGGAGGGACGUGGCCAACGACAGCAGCGUCACCACGGCAACGACCCGUCAAAACGCCCUGACCUGCAGCGCUACACGCCCGGGGCUGGCCACGGCAACCGUCGCCAUGACAGCGAGGACGGCGGCGUAGUCAUCUCCCCUGGAGACCCGUUAGCCACGACCUCUGACCCUGAGGUGGAACUGGUGAUGUCACUGCCACAGGAGGAGGAAGAAGGACACAACAUGGCUGCCACUGAGACAGUUUCAACUGAACCUGGAUGUAUAGAUGGAGGGAUGGGGAAAGGAGGAGGAGAGAAAUGUGGAGGAGGUUUUACUUCAAACCGGGGUGGAUGCUCUCGAGCGCCUGCACAACAGAGGACUCGAAGAGUUGACCACCACACCACCAGAGCAGACAACAACAACAACAGUAGUAGCAGUAGUGCAAAGGGACCGUCAGGCUCAGCUAACCGACCACAGAACUCCAGACAGAGGGAUGAGGUGAGAGGGAAGAACCAGAGGGGUAGAGAGCCAGCAGGGCGUUCCCCUGGCUCUCCCAAGGCCACCAGGAAGACCCGUAAACCUGACCGAGAGAUCUACCAGCCUGGGGGUCGGAGGAGCACCACCACCACCCAGGGGGAAGAGGGAAGAGAGACAGAUAAACCUGCUCCUGGUCCCCCUGAUCCUGUCAGAGAGGAAAGCCAAGCCAGGAGGGAACCAGUCAUAUGGAGAGAGAAAGAGGAAGAAGGCAGAGGGGGUGAAGAGACAGGCAGAAGGCAGGGGAGGAGAGAAACAGGGAAAGCAGCCGUCUCAGACCAUGGAGUAGAGAACCUGACUGGAAAGAUACAGACACUCUGUGUGACUGCCCCACCUGGGAGAGAAGAGGAGGGGAAGAGAGGAGAGGGCGAGGAAGGAGUAGGCAGGAGGAGGAAGGCAAGCGGUGAGGGCAGGAGGAGCAGAGCUGGAGGUGGAGGCAAGGGACGAGUAGGAGGAGGAAAUGAAGGAUGCGAGAAGACUGAGGAGGAGAAGAAGAAGAGAGAGAGGGGAAACCGCAGGAACAGAGGAGGUGGGGAGAAAGGGGAGAAUCAGGACUCCAGGAGAAGAGGAGGAGAGGGUGAGCGAGGGAUGACCGAGAGAGACAGGAGAGUGUCGGAAGAAGAUGGAGAGAGGGAAGCGAACCGUCCUGCAGAUGCACAGCCAGCAAAGGGAAGAGAAAAACAGAGGGAUAGAGAUACUGAGAGAGACAACCAGAGAGGGAACAACAGACCCCAACCUCUACCCUCAGAUAUAAACAGAGAGAAGAAUGGAGAGAUGCAGAGAAACAGAGAUAGGAGUGAGAGAUGCAGGACUAACACUAACAACCACCACCACUCGUCAUCUUCCUCUAAACACAACUCCAAGUCAAACAUCAGAAGACCCAGGAAUCGCACCUACAGCACCAGUUCUGCCAGCAGUGGCACCAGCCUGGACGGACUGGGACAAGGGGAUGAUCGUAGGGAGGACAGGGCCCGACGAGACCGACUGGGGCACAGGGAGAGAGAUGGAGGAGAGGGAGGAGGAGGUCAGCUACCGAACAGGAGGAGAAACACUAGAGACUCCUCAACAGACUCACUGGAGGAGAGGAGGAGAGAUGGGGGAGAGGAGUACUUGAGCCCCCUGUGGAGGAGAGGGGAGGAGGAGAGCAGAGGGGGAAGAGGACACAGAGGAGGAGGGAGAGGAGGGCUCCUGAAAGUGUCUCAGAGCGACAGACAGUCAGGUACCUCCCAUGCCACCUCAGGCCCCAGCGAUGACCCCCAGGGGCGCCUCAGGCAGGGCACUCUGCCUCGUGGUAAGGAGAGGGGCAUUCUCAUCCUCCCCGCCCACACUGACCUCUCCAAUUUGCCGACGGAGCCCGGGCCAAGGCUCCUUUUUGGUGGGAUUCGAGGAGGAAAAGAGGCGGGACUAGGGAGAGGAGGAAGGGGCGGAGGAACAAGGCGGCUCUGGGAUCCCAACAACCCCGACCAGAAACCCGCUCUCCGGCUCUCCCAGCAUGCCUCUCUCCAGCAGCAGCAGCCCAUGUACCUUCAGACGGGCGGCGGUUACGGAGCGCUGCACUUCCUGGAUACGGACGACGAGGCUGCAGGGAGUCCCCCGGUCCGCCAGGGGGAGCACUUCUACCCCCAGCAGGAGGCCGCAGCCAUGGCCCAGGCCUUCUACAAGUACCAGAACUCUGACAACCCUUACCCUUACAAUGCCAACCCUAAUGCACGUUACCCGUACCCCUACCACACUAUGCCUACCACCCCCUACCAGAUGCCCUCUUCCAAUGGCAUUUACCCAGCCCAGUUUUACGGGGAGUAUAGGGGCCAGGGGUACCAGACUGGGGCUGGAGCAGGUCUGACACCAGAGGAGGUGGAGCAGCAGGCCAGGGGAGAGCUGGGGAGACAGCUGAGGGCUGCAGACAGCCAGGAGUUACAACUCAGCAACCUCCUAUCUAGAGACAGACUCAGUGCUGACGGACUGGACCGCAUGGCUCAACUCAGAGCUGACCUGUUGACCCUGUAUGAGCGGGUGAUCCUAACAGACAUAGAGUUCAGUGACAGUCAGAACCUGGACCAGGCUCUAUGGAAGAACGUGUUCUACCAGGUUAUAGAGCACUUCAGACAGCUCCUCAAAGACCCCAGCGGAGACUCAACCCUGCGCAUCACCCCCAUGCUCCUCACUCUGCUGGACGAGGGGACGGUGUUCUUUGAUGCACUGCUGCAGAAGCUUCAGACGGUGUUUCAAUUUAAACUGGAGGAUUACAUGGACGGCAUGGCCAUCAGACCACGUCCACUACGCAAGACGGUGAGGUAUGCUCUGAUCAGUGCCCAGCGGUGUUUGAUCUGUCAGGGGGACAUCGCCCGUUACCGAGAGCAAGCCAGCGACUCGGCUAACUACGGCAAGGCCCGCAGCUGGUACCUGAAGGCCCAGCAGAUUGCUCCUAAGAACGGACGACCUUACAACCAGCUGGCCCUGCUGGCUGUUUACACGAAGAGGAAGUUGGAUGCAGUGUAUUACUACAUGCGUAGCCUUGCUGCCUCCAACCCCAUCCUCACUGCCAAGGAGAGUCUCAUGAGUCUGUUUGAAGAGGCCAAACGCAAGGCGGACCAGAUGGAGCGGAGGAGGAAGCAGGAGUCGGAGGGGGGGUCCAGGGGCCCGGGGGUCCGAGGAGGAGGACGGGGGGAGGAGGGGGCCAGGGUGGAGAUCUGGGUCGGCCCUAUUGGACAGGCAGGGGUUCCAUCAUCACACCGCGGGGGCAGCGAGUCCAGCAGAGACUCUGAACAGGAAGGAGAACUGGGCAGCCUCAGCCCUAGUGAUCUCAAUAAGAGGUUUACACUCAGCUUCCUCCACGCUCACGGAAAACUCUUCACUAAAGUGGGCAUGGAGUCGUUCCCUUCGGUGGCCAGUCGGGUUCUCCAGGAGUUCACAGUGCUGCUCCAACACAGCCCCUCCCCCCUGGGCAGCACACGCAUGUUGCAGAUCAUCACCAUUAACAUGUUCACGAUACACAACGCUCAGAGCAGAGGAGGAGACAGUGAGGUGAGAUCUGUGUUACAGGAACAGACUACAGCUCUGGGUCUGGCCAUGUUCUCUCUGCUGGUCCAACGCUGCACAGAGCUGCUGAGAGACACACCCGCAGAGCCCAUCCCAGCGGAGGAGAGAGAAGAGGGGCAGGAGGGGAUGGUGAGAGUUUCUGCCUUUCCAUUGGACCUGAGGGAGCUGCUGCCUAGCGUCAAGGUCUGGUCUGAUUGGAUGCUUGGACACCCCAACCAAUGGAAUCCUCCACCUUGCCGUAUAGACUGUAGUCUUGAUGUGUGGCGUAGCCUGGCAGACCUGUGUAAUGCGUUGGCGCGUGUCGACCACGGCGAGGCGCCUCUGUACAAGGCAGACGGGGACGGAGGCGAGGGGGAUGAGGAGCUCCGCCUGCUGCUAUUGGAGGAGGACAGGCUACUGGCCGGCUUCGUCCCGCUGCUCGCUGCCCCACAGGAACCCUGCUACGUAGACUGCACUGGGGAUACAGCGAUAGCUGCAGACUGUAAAAGGGUAACAGUAUUGAAGUAUUUCCUGGAGGCUCUGUGUGGACAGGAAGAACCUCUCCUGGCUUUUAAAGGAGGGAAGUACGUCUCCAUGGCAACCUCUCCCCAACCCGGUCGCCCCGGCGACGCACGCAGCAGACAGGACUCGCAGACAGAGAGAGAGAGUGAUGACGUCAUCGUGGAGGCGGAGUCGUCUGUGUCGGACGGUGAUGAUGGCAGUGAGGAUGACAUCCGAGAGCUCCGGGCCAGACGCAGCGCCCUCACCAACAAACUGGCUGAGCAGCAGAAACGCAGGGACAAGAUCCAGGCGGUGUUACAGACGUGUGGUCAGUUGGAGUUAGAGAUCCGUCCUCUUUUCCUGGUCCCCGACACCAACGGUUUCAUCGACCACCUCACCGGCCUCAAGACGCUGCUUCAGUCUGGGACCUACAUUGUGGUGGUGCCCCUCAUAGUGAUAACAGAGUUGGAUGGUCUGGCAAAGGGGCAGGAGAGCUGCGAUGGCUCUGGCAGUGGGCGUGGUGGCAGUGGUUGUCGUGGAAACACCGGUGGUGGUGGACCGACCCACGCCCGGUCGGUCCAGGAGAAGGCUAAGGUUGCCGUGGCGUUUCUAGAGCGAGGGUUCGAGGCCAGGGAGCCCUGUCUCAGAGCGCUGACCAGCAGAGGAAGUCAACUAGAGUCUAUCGCCUUCCGCAGCGAAGACACCUCCGGACAACAGGGAAACAAUGAUGAUGUCAUCUUGUCCUGCUGUCUCCACUACUGCAAAGAUGAGGCUAAAAGCUUGAUGCCUGCACAGACAAACGGUCCAGUGCGUUUGCGUCGGGAGGUGGUUCUCCUGACAGAUGACCGUAACCUGCGGGUCAAAGCCCUGACCAGGAAUGUGCCGGUCAGGGACAUUCCUGCCUUCCUCACCUGGGCCAAAGUGGGCUGAACCGGGUCACACACAGACCACGCCCAGAGCACCCAGACAACCAAUCAACUGCUGAUAACCGCUGGCCACCUCCCACACCACCUUGGAGUGGAGAAGGAGAAUAUAUGCUAAUGCAGAAGAGAAGACUGUUGGGGGGAGAGAGACGAAGGAGAAACUCUUUUUUUUUUUGGUGGAAAAAAAGGGGGGGGGGUUUUGGAGGAGUGGAAUGAGUUGAAUUGUCUGAGAGCUUUUUUCUCCUCUCGUUGUGGUGAGGUGUGUGUGUUAAUAACUGCUUCUCUCAGAGGGAAGGAGGAGGGAGGACAGGAGCAGAGAGAGAUGCAGGAAGAACUGUAGAAGAGAGAGAGGGGAGAAGAGGUGUGUGUUAUUAUCUGGCUUCUCCAUUCCAGCCGUGCGCCCUUCAUAACUUCUGCAGUGUGUUCACAAGGCCAGCAGCAGUAUUUAUCUCUGUGGAAACGACAGAGCAGAGAAGGAAUAGAGAGAGAGAGAGAGGUUAGGGCUGAGGAGGAAGGCCGUAGCCUGACUGAAGACUUAUCACUGGCUGUGUGAUUUGUAACCCCAGAGCAGCACAGAGAGAGGCCCUGUAGUGGCAAGGAGGGAGGCUGUGGUGAUGGGUUACCAGGUUCUGCUGUAUUAGAUAGGGGAUUGGUACCCCCACCUUAAUCUCCUUGACGCUGAGCCACACGCUCAGCCUCGGAUGGCCAGGAUGUGGUUUGCAUCCCAGUUGCCCAGCAACAGUGUUGGUGAUGUUGGUACCCCCAGCAGCUUGAUGGUGACGGAGUCAUUUCCAAGUUGGGGUUUCUAUAAAAGAGCAGCUUUAAAAAAUGUUUUAAAAAGACGCAGAAAACAGACCUUUUCUGAUUUAGCAUUGUGGAUGUGAGGUGUGUUUUAGUAGGUGUCCAUUGUGUGUGUGUGUGUAAUGUUUAUGCUCUACAGAAGAGCUCGUCCAUCUGAUUACCGUUUUGGUUUGUUUUUAAGUUUUUUUUAACAAGUCAAAUAAGAUUUGAAUGUUUUAUUUCAUCAUAUAUUUAGUUUGUUUCUCUUGGGUUUUUACCACCAACAGCUUGUUCAGCUUCUAUUCAUUUUUAUUCACAUUGAGUAUAGAACUCUGCUGAUCUGAGUGAACAUAUCUAACUGGCUAGAUAUGUUCAGUAACGUGUGUGUGUGUGUGUGUGUGUGUGUGUGUGUGUGUGUGUGUGUGUGUGUGCGCGUGCGUAACAGGAUUUCUCGUUACUGGUAAUUGGCAGAUUUUUCCCCACUCCCUAAAAAAGUAAAACAAGGUAAGGCGAUAAAUACAAUUUGCCAAAUUGUCCGGAAGAAUCCCAUUUGCAAAAGAUUGCUUUUGUUGUUGUUGUUGGAAAUACAUUUAUCCGGUCCUGCUUAUCGGCCUGUAGGUAAAUGUGCAUAAUUAAGUGGAAUUAAAUUGUCGCGUUCCUUUUUCCCCAGUCGUCCCAUCUUCCCACGGCAUACAGAGCUGCUGCUGCUGAGACUCUGGUUCAGCUCGUUGCUGGACUGAAGAGCACUUUUAUAAGCCCAGUUAUUAUUACGCAACAAUUCUAAAUGCAAUCGCGUGUUAACAGUUUUGAUUGCCACGAUUAAAAAAAUUAAUAAAUAACUACUAUUUUUAUUUCUCAA